AUGAACAUUUCUCACUUUUCGAUUCGGGCGCCAGACGACGAUCAUCAAAGUUUGAUUUUUGCAACCAUGGCCAACCUGAAUCUCCUUCAAGAGCACUCUCACUGGUUCAUCGAUGGAACUUUCAAAGUGGCACCAGCUCUCUUCUUCCAGAUCUUUUUCAUUCAUGCGUUGGUCGAUGGUUCUGCCUAUCCUCUGGUUUACGUCAUGAUGUCGGACAAAACAGAGGAGAACUAUAAGCGUAUUUUUCGUAAGCUGAAGGAAAUAAAGCCGUCGCUGAAUCCGUCAAAUGAGGGCUGUGUCUUCCGCGAGGCGCAGAUAAUUCAGCGGUUCGCCCUUUCAUUGAUGUUCAGACCGCCAUUGGCGGAACACCAUAUGAAGACGGGCAUUAAGGGCCUUGCGUGGCUGUACGAUCGCAGUACUUCUAUCAUAUGUACGAUUUUGAAACCAGAGUCGACAAAGGUUAUAGUGCCAGCCAGGGGCGUUAAGGUAAUUUCAAAUCCCCGGACCUUUGUCCAUGAAGAGAUGGAGAAGUUGCUGUUUGUUUGGUUGACGGAGAAGCGGCUCGCAGGAGAUACCGUGACGCAAAUCAUCAUCUGUGAGAAGGUGCGAGUUAUUUACGGUGAUUUGGUGCGUCAGUCGCCGGGUUCAUCAACGGACGAGGCAUCGGAAGAGUCAUUCAAAGCCAGUCGGGAAUAUUUGGUAAUUAUAGAAAGAGGACCGGCAUUCACUCCGUCAUGA